AUGGCUAUCAAGCUGGACAUGUCAAAGGCUUAUGAUCAAGUGGAAUGGAAGUUCUUGGAGGCAAUUAUGAAGAAGAUGGGUUUUGGAUGUAGAUGGAUAAAUUUGGUAAUGGACUGCAUUACUUCAGUCAGUUACUCAGUAAUUGUGAAUGGUCAAUAUGGAAGUUCUUUUAAACCAGAAAAAGGGAUUAGGCAAGGAGAUCCAUUAUCUCCUUAUCUAUCCCUCUUAUGUGCAGAAAGACUUAAUGCAUUGUUAACUCAGGCAGAAACAAGACAGGAGAUUAAAGGUGUUGCAGCUUGUAGAGGGGGUGUGAGGAUUAGUCACUUACUUUUUGUUGAUGAUAGUUUGUUUUCAAAUACUAGUGCUGCGAGAAGGGCUGAAUUAGCUAAUGCAGUUGGUGUUUCAGCAAGCAACAGUUAUGAUAAGUAUUUGGGCCUUCCAAGCAUGGUUGGCUGGAAAAUAAGUCAUGUUAAAAGUUGUGAUCCAAGUUGUCCCAACAUAUACUAUGAGUGUGUUAAGUUGUCAAAGAGAUUGCUCAAGGAGACAAAUUCAAUGUUGGGAAAGUUUUGGUGGGGAAAUUGUCAUAAUCAGAAUAAGAUCCAUUGGAAGAAUUGGAAGAACAUGGGGAAAUCUAAGAAGGAUGGGGAGUUGGGCUUUAGGGAUUUAGAAUUUUUCAAUUGUGCUAUGUUGGCAAAGCAAGUAUGGAGGAUGUUGAAUAAUUCAAGUUCUCUUGUUGCUACAAUUCUGAGGCAGAAGUAUUGUAGGAAUGGAAAUGUAUUUAAGGCAAAGAAGGGUAAUAAUUCUUCGAUGAUUUGGCAAAGUUUAUGGUCCUCAAUUCCUUUACUAAAAGCUAGUUGCCUUUGGAGAGUUAGGGAUGUGAUUAAUAUUAGCAUAUGGCAUGUUAAGUGGAUUCCUAAUAAGAUAAAAUCUCUUAUACAAGUGUUGGAUAGUGAUGCUACUGUUUCAGAAUUGAUUAAUAAAGAGGAGGGUUUCUCGAAAAAGGAAGUCUUAACUUAG